AUGCCCAUCACAAAUGGAGUAGAGACACUCUUGGCCGCACCGGAUGGGUAUGUGGUUGACUUCAACCAUCCGCAGCGACAAGGCAUCCCACAGGCGUACUACAUUGCCGGAUUUGGCUCCGCUAUUGCGUUGCUUUUCUUUGCGCAACGUUUGUACGUAAAACUGUUUCUUUCAGGCGGGCUACGGAUCGAUGAU